GUUUUUUCUAUUUUUGCUUAUAAAAACCCUAUAAGCAUAAAAAGGCGUUAAUUUCUGAUUGAAGUUUCUUUGUACAAGAAAGAUGACGUCACUGUCAGAGAUCACUGAUGACAUUGUUAGUAGCAUGACUGUAGGAGCCGUCUUCUCUGAUUUUGGUGGGCAGAUAAACUCACUUGAUUUUCAUCGGAAAGAAGAUUUGCUCAUAACCACAAGUGAGGAUGACUCAAUUCGACUUUUUGACAUUGCCAAUGGAAAGUUGCUGAAGACUACAUAUCAUAAGAAGCAUGGAGCUGAUCGAAUAUGCUUUACCCACCACCCUCAUUCUGUUAUCUGCUCUUCAAUACACAACUUGGAUUCGCAUGGAGAGUCUUUGCGCUACCUAUCCAUGUACGAUAAUCGAUGCCUUCGUUACUUUAAGGGACAUAAAGAGAGGGUUGUAUCACUGUGCAUGUCUCCAGUUAAUGACAGCUUCAUGUCUGGUUCUCUUGACCAUAGUGUUAGAAUAUGGGAUCUUCGCGUAAAUGCUUGCCAGGGGAUGUUGCAUCUAAGAGGUAGGCCUGCAGUUGCUUAUGACCAACAAGGCCUUGUCUUUGCAGUGGCAAUGGAAGGGGGUGCCGUCAAAUUGUUUGAUUCGAGAUCGUAUGACAAGGGACCCUUUGAUACCUUCCUAGUUGGUGGAGAUACAGCUGAGGUUUGUGACAUAAAAUUCAGCAAUGAUGGAAAAUCAAUGCUUUUAUCGACUACUAGUAAUAGCAUCUACGUCCUUGACGCCUAUGGAGGAGAGAAGCGGUGUGGGUUUAAUCUGGAUCCCUCCCCAACAGCAAUGGAGGCAACCUUUACACCAGACGGCCAGUAUGUUGUUUCAGGUUCAGGCGAUGGAAACUUGCAUGCAUGGCACAUCAACACACAAAAUAAGGUUUGUAGCUGGGAUAGCCACAUAGGCGUGGUAUCGUGCUUGAAAUGGGCCCCAAGAAGAGUCAUGUUUGUUGCUGCAUCAUCAGUUCUUACCUUUUGGAUACCUGAUCAUAGAGGUCCUGGUGAGGCCGCUGGAGAAGAACAAGUCACUCUUGCUCAAUGAUCAACUUUUAUUUCUUCUGUAUACGUCAAAAGUAACAUGUAUGUGUAAAGACACUUUGGCACCUGAUCACUCUCGGGAGUUAUAUGGACAUUCUUGAUUUUUUCUGAGCGCUUAA